UCGCCGCUUCCAUUGCCAUUCCAGUGCAUCGUGUGUUCGGUGUUUUACAGCACUCCAUUCUGGCCGAUGCGGCAUUGUGUUUAUUUUGUUUACUGUUGGUAAACAAUUUUAGCAUUCAGUUCCAGUGCGUUAGCUUGGCUGGUGAACAUUUCUAUCAAAACAAAUUGAAAUAAAAGUAGUAAAAUAUAUGUGCGGUAUAACAACAAAAUCAAAUGGAUACAAUUAAUAACCAUUCUACAAACAUUGACGCAACGAUAGACGAUUUCUGUCGACUGUGCUUGCGGAAUUGCGGAUCCUCAUGGAUGCGGCCCUGGCACGGAUGCACCGAAUCCGAAUCCGUUGCCAUUUCGGAUAUGUUGGUCUUCUGCUGUGGACUGCCAACGAAUCUCACUGACCAGCUUCCUCAACGCGUUUGCUUUCCAUGCAUCAGCCGACUGGAGCAAGCAUAUUCCAUCUGUCGCACUUUUAAAGAGAAAGAAAUCAUAUUGGAUCGAUUCUACUCGUCUGGAUCCGUCUUGAAGAGGCUUGCUGAGUACAACAAAUUUCGGUUUAAUGUGGAUGUGAAAGUAGCUGAAGUUCCAGUAAUUAAAUCAGACAGUUCAAUUGAAGACGAAGCUAUUAGUGAAUCAAUACCGACUGUUGUUCCCUUGCUUGACCUCCAGCAACAAGAAGAGGAAUCUGUCUCCAAUCAAUCGGCGGAAAACUUAACUACUGAAAUCACACUCAACGAAAACUUACCAUCCAAAUCCGAGCCCCCAUCAGAUAAUUAUUCAGAAAAUAGCCUCGAAAGUUCAAUUCGAAGUAUGCCAAAUUUAAUAAAUAUGAAACAGUUAUAUGAACUUCCUGAACCUCUGGCGAUCAAAACCACACGGAAAUAUCAAAUGCGUUCCAAGCGUAAGAAACGUUUCCCGUCAGAACCGGCCGAAGAUGGUUUCUUCCACUGUAUCUACUGUCCGCGCAAGUUUCCUCACCGUAAAAACUUCAUGGAACAUCUGGGUAUACACCGUGCUGUGAUGGAACAGCGGUACAAAUGCCACUUCUGUGGCAAGAUCUUUGGUAAGAAUGACCACCUGGUGAAGCACGAGUCGCGUCAUCAGCGGAAGGGAGGCCUCCUUACAAAUUAAAUCGCGAUUUGCAUUUGUUUUAGAAUGUGUUCGCGCCAUGUAUACCUACUUAGUUAUAGAUACUAUAUAAAUGUAGUGCCAUUAGAAAUCAUAUGAAACAACUCAAAAA